UCAAACGAACUAUUCAUUUAUUCUUUUGUGCAUUUCAAAGCAGCGACGGAGCUCAUUAGAAAUAAUGGCGAGAACCAAGCAGACCGCUCGUAAGUCUACUGGAGGAAAAGCCCCGAGAAAGCAGCUGGCUACUAAAGCUGCUCGUAAGAGCGCACCAGCUACCGGUGGCGUCAAGAAGCCUCAUCGUUACAGGCCCGGUACUGUGGCGCUGAGAGAGAUUCGCCGUUAUCAGAAAUCCACUGAACUGCUGAUUCGCAAACUGCCUUUCCAGCGUCUGGUGAGAGAAAUCGCUCAAGAUUUCAAGACUGAUCUUCGUUUCCAGAGCUCAGCUGUAAUGGCCCUGCAGGAGUCUAGCGAGGCUUACUUGGUCGGUCUGUUUGAAGACACCAACUUGUGCGCCAUCCACGCCAAAAGGGUCACCAUCAUGCCCAAAGACAUUCAGCUGGCCCGCCGCAUUCGCGGAGAGCGCGCUUAAAUCCACAGCUGCAUCAGUCAUACAAACCCCAAAGGCUCUUUUAAGAGCCAUCUCAAUGUCUCUGAAAGAAUUUCCAUCUGCUUUUUCUUACUCUAAUGUAUGUUUUAUACAUGUAAAUUUGCCGAAGUAAAUGCUUUGUGUUUUCUUGUUAUUCAAAACUAAAAAACAAUUCAGUCUUGUCUAUGUAACUUUAAAAAAAAAAAAAGUACAUUCAAACCGCUUUAAACUUCAAAAAGGGGAAAGAAAAUAUGUAUAAAAAAAUUAGUUGUCUGAUGUGCCUGAUUAAAUGUUCAGAAUCUGUCUGACGUUAAAGCAGUAUUUAUUUCCCCAAUCAAGAAUCAAAAGACUGACCUCGACUUGGAUAAGGCGUAACAGAUGACGUAUGCUAGAACCGCCCAUGAAUGUGGUUUCAACUAGGUCCUCUGGCUGACUAUAAGAGCCUCUUCUCCAGCGUUUGUUCUGUCU